GUUUGAAUUUUCCUAUUGGGCAGUUGUUGACUGGGAAAAAACAAUUAAGCAUCGAUGCUAUGGUGCUCUGAGGCUUAUUGUUCAAAGUUGAAGUGAAGAACAAUCCUCAGAUUUUUUAGGCCAUGGGAGUGGAAGAUCACCAGGCCUCUCUGUUAGAAUCAUCAUCUUUCAAGAGAACUGGGAACACAUGGACUGCUGUGGCACAUAUAAUAACUGGAGUUAUAGGGUCAGGGGUGCUAACACUAGCAUGGAGCAUGGCUCAGCUAGGGUGGGGUGCAGGUCCGUUGGUGAUGCUGCUUUUUGCAUCAGUCGCCUUCGGUUCUGCCAUGUGUCUCUGCAACUGCUACAGGUCACCUGAUCCCGAAACUGGGCCAGCCAGAAAUCCUUCCUACAUUGGAGCUGUAAGGAUGAUUUUGGGAAAGAAGAAUGCUGCAUUGUGCGGUGUUGUUCUGCGAUUAAACUUUUUCAAGCUUGGAGUGAUCUAUACCCUUACAUCUGCUAUCAGCAUGAGAGCAAUUCAGAGAUCAAAUUGUUUCCACAAAGAAGGGCACCAAGCAGCUUGCGAAUAUGCAAAAACUUCUUCUUAUAUGCUUUUAUUUGGAAUCAUUCAAGUAGCAACGUCUCAGAUACCCAAUUUCCAUGGUACAGAAUGGCUCUCAAUUGUAUCUGCAAUCAUGUCCUUCAGCUAUGCCACCAUUGGUUCGGCACUUGGACUUGCAAAAGUAAUAGGAGAUGGAAGGAUAAAGGGCAGCAUUGGAGGGGCUCCAACUUCUACCACAAUUCAGAAAUUAUGGUUGGUCUCUCAAGCUCUGGGUGACAUUGCUUUUGCCUUUCCAUUCUCCGGCAUUCUGCUUAAUGUACAGGACACUUUGAAGUCACCCCCUCCAGAAAGGGUGACGAUGCGGAAGGUAUCGGCAAUUUCAAUCGGCAUUAUAACAUUCUUCUACCUCUGCUGCGGAGGAUUCGGCUAUGCAGCCUUUGGAAGCUCCGCGCCAGGGAAUCUCCUGACAGGAUUUGGAUUCUAUGAGCCGUACUGGCUGAUCGACCUUGCUAAUGCAUGCAUCAUUCUCCAUUUAGUUGGAGGAUAUCAGGUCUUUAGUCAGCCACUGUUUGCUGAUCUGGAAGGAUGGAUGGCAGAGAAGUUCCCUAAUAGUGAGUUCAUAAAUACUGAUUACAAAAUUAAGCCCCCUCUGUUGCCAUUGCCGGCUUUCAGAUUGAAUCUCCUCAGGCUGUGCUUCCGAACUGCUUAUGUUGGGGUAACAACUGCAACUGCAUUGGCUUUCCCUUACUUCAACCAGGUUGUGGGAGUGGGCGGGGCCCUCUCCUUUUGGCCGUUGAUAGUAUAUUUCCCCACAGAAAUGUACAUCGUGCAGAGUGGUCUUGGAGCUUGGACACGAAAGUGGGUUUUCCUUCGUGUUUAUACGGGCACUUGCCUGCUGGUGGCAAUGUUCGCGGUGGUUGGAUCAGUUCAAGGGUUGAUAAAAGCCAAGUUUGGCCAAGGGACGGCUUCUUCGAUAUAAAAAAAUUUGGGUUCCAGUGGUGUCUUAAUUUGUGAACAUCCAUGUUCGUCUGUAUAAAUUACUCAAAAGAACAAACCCUUAAAACACAACUACAUUAAUGAUGCAAAUUAAAACACAACUACAUUAAUGAUGCAAAUUAAUAAGAUGGGAAGACAAUAAAGUUA